AUGCCCAUGCCACUCUGGGUGUCCUGUCGCGGCCAACUUAUUGGCUGGCUUGGCAGAUAUCCGAGGCCGGCCCUUACUGUGGACGCCGCGAUAGUUGCUGAGGGUGCGCCCCCCAAGCUCUUGCUCAUCAAACGCAAGCAUCCACCAUGCAUGGGCCAGUGGGCUCUGCCGGGAGGCUUUGUGGAUGAGAAGGAGCCGCUCCUGCACGCUGCUCAGCGCGAGUUGCAGGAGGAAACGGGUGUGGCGCCAGGAGAUGUGCAACUGGUCCAAGUUGGAGCGUACGGGGACCCUGGUAGGGAUCCACGGGGAUGGACUGUCAGUGUUGCAUAUGCAGCAAUGGUCUCAGCGACACAGCUGGGCGUAAAGGCAGCAGAUGAUGCUGCAGAUGCACAGUGGUUUGAUGUGGGUGCCCUGCCUAUGCUUGCUUUUGAUCACAAGCUGAUUGUCAGGGAUUCAUUCAACAGACUGGCACAGAUGACAUCUCAAGACAGCGUUGCGAAUGACUUGGCAAAGGGCUCGAAGCAGCUGGAUGGCCCAUGGACGCCUCCUGUUGAGUAG